CGCACUGGGCAUGCUCGGCUGGGCGGAGGGCCGGGCUGCGCGCGGCGAGUAGGAAGCCCUCGCCCAGCGGAGGCUGCGGGAGAGAGAGAGAGAAUGAUGGGCCGUGGAGCUGGGCGCAUGUUCCACGGGGACUCAUGCCACGCGUGUCCCAGCCAGACGCGCAAUUAGCAGCCGCCUCUGCAAGCCGCCGCCGCCACCACCUCCCGGCUCUCCCAGGCUGCCGUGGCGAGGAGCUCCAGCCGUAGUCUUGCUCCGGCUGCGCGCAUUGUCCUCAGGGUCCUCCGCUAAAGCUGCAGCGGGGCCCGGGAUCGGCGCCUCCGGGACGCGCCCCCGCCGCUGGCCGGCCCGGCGCGGCGCUCUGAUAGCCCAUUGGAGAGCCCGUACUCCCGGGCCACUCUCGCCGGGGUUUUUCCUGAGGAGUUGAGGAAGAGAAGAAGUCCACCCGCCCAUCCCAACCUUCCUCGGUGCACAGCCCCGACGGGGCCGCGGCAGGCGCGACGAGGGCGCCGACGGAGCCAUGAGAGAGUACAAAGUGGUGGUGCUGGGCUCGGGCGGCGUGGGCAAGUCCGCGCUCACGGUGCAGUUCGUGACAGGUUCCUUCAUCGAGAAGUACGACCCGACCAUCGAGGACUUUUACCGCAAGGAGAUCGAGGUAGACUCGUCGCCGUCGGUGCUGGAGAUUCUGGACACGGCGGGCACCGAGCAGUUCGCUUCCAUGCGGGACCUGUACAUCAAGAAUGGCCAGGGCUUCAUCCUCGUCUACAGCCUGGUCAACCAGCAGAGCUUCCAGGACAUCAAGCCCAUGCGGGACCAGAUCAUCCGCGUGAAGCGGUACGAGCGCGUACCCAUGAUCCUGGUAGGAAACAAGGUGGACUUGGAGGGCGAACGUGAGGUCUCCUACGGCGAGGGCAAGGCCCUGGCUGAGGAGUGGAGCUGCCCCUUCAUGGAGACAUCGGCCAAAAACAAAGCCUCAGUGGAUGAGCUGUUCGCAGAGAUUGUGAGGCAGAUGAACUACGCGGCACAGCCCAACGGCGAUGAGGGCUGCUGCUCGGCCUGCGUGAUCCUGUGAGGCGCCGCCGGCUGCCGGGCGCUGGCCACGCUCUGUGCACAAAGCCAAAAGCACCCGAUUCUCUUAAUGUGAUUGUCUUCUUGCUUUGAGAUUGGAGACAACUUUGUAUUGCCCGGGAUGUCAGAGGAACCUGGCUGACUUUUGUGGCCAGCAUCCCCAGCCUUCAGCCGGGGUUCGAGGGGGUGUCCGUUGCUGACCAUCCGAGACCCUGAUGGAAAUGUGGCUCUGUGCAGCGUGUAUGUUCCUCAUUGAUUUCGGUUCAUGCAUAUUUCCCCGUUUAAGUAGCCAUUAAGGCGCUGUAUUGGCUGCUUGACACCGGCAAGCAAAAGUUUCAAGCCUGGAAGAAAAAAAAUGGGGGUGGGGAGGUGGAGGAAGUGAAAGGAACGAGGAGGCAGUGGGGGAGGGUUCCCCCAAACAACUGUUCAGAGUUCCAUGUUCUAAAUACAAGGAAAGAGGUCCAAGAAAUCCAUAUGAAGGAGCCAGAGGAGGGGAAGAAACUUGUUUUUUCCUUAUUUUCCAGGAUUAUUUGGAAAUUAAGACCCGGGGUUCCUUUUCUGCCAGCUUGGAAGGGCAACCCAGGGACUGAUUAUGAUUCUGAGGAUGUCUAUGCAAAGUUGGGUUCUUGUUACAGUGUAACCAAGCUGAAGUAUUGCACAUGUGAACUGGGACUGUUAACACUGAUGCCAAUACAGUGUGGGGUGCCAGGAAGUGUCUGCUGAUAUUUGUGGGAAAAAAAUCUAUUUUGAUUACCUACUGUAUCAAAGGGGAUUCUGGGGGAGAAUGGUAGUAUUUUUUUUUUU